CGGCCUAUGACUACAGCUUGAAUCUACUCAAAGGAAACUUUGGCUACGAAGGACAACACACCUGCAUUACCUACGACGCAGUCAACCAGGCAUAUCUGGAUGCGAGGAAUAGAAUAGUGGUAUCGCACCCGAAAGGAGACUGGAAGGCGGAAGACUUUGCCAGCGUUGGGGAACUCCUACUGGAUAUAUCCAUCAAUUUGGCGAGAACAUACGGCCUCACAUAUGAAGAGAUUGAGAAAGGUCUUCCUCUGAUCGACACGUCACGCACUCUGAUCAGGGAAGUCUGCCCACCCAUCUUCUCCCACGUGGAGUGCCGCGCCGGGAAGUACCGAAGGUUCGAUGGACUCUGCACCAAUCUGCAGCACCCCACUUGGGGAGCCACUAUGUCUCCGUUCCAAAGGUUAAUUGGUCCACUAUUCGCUGACGGCAUUAAUGCCCCCCGUAUAGCACACACCGGGCGCGACCUGCCUCUGUCUCGGGUGGUCUCCCGGACCAUGCACCCCGACGAAGGGUUCCAUGACCACGCUGGCACUGUCAUGGUGAUCGCGUGGGGACAGUUCAUGGACCAUGACUACACGCUUACUGGAACUCCUCUGGACCCGGUGAACCGCAACGACCCAGAAGAGUGCUGCAAGCGGCCGCCGCACCUGAAACAUCCUUAUUGUAACGAGAUUAGAGUCCCGGAUGAUGACUACUUCUACAGACUAUUUGGGGUCAAGUGCAUCGACUUCGUCCGAGGCUUUCCUUCGCCCCGCCCAGGCUGCAGAUUGGGAUCAAGGGUACCAUUCAACACACUCACUGGAGUCAUCGAUGGAAACACAGUGUACGGUGUCACGGAAAAAUUCGCGAGAAAACUGCGUACCGGCUUCGGAGGUCUGCUGAGGAUGAACCCUGUCUUUAAAGAAUAUGGGCUAAAGGACCUGCUGCCCUUGAAACUUGACAUCCCUGAUGAAGGGUGCACCAGGCCCAACAAGAACAUGUACUGCUUUGAAGCUGGGGAAAUCCGAGUGAACGAGCAACUGGUCCUCACAGUGAUGCACACUCUAAUGGCCAGGGAACACAAUCGCGUGGCCCAGGGGCUGGCGCAGGUCAACCCGCACUGGGACGACGAGACAUUGUUCCAGGAGGCACGGCGAAUCAACAUAGCGGAGAUCCAACACAUUACGUAUAAUGAAUUCUUGCCGAUUCUGCUUGGGAAAGAUGUGAUGGAGAAGUUUGGACUGGUCUUGCAGAAGGAUGGAUACUGGAAUGGCUACGAUCCUGAGGUUAAUCCGGAUGUCAUCGACUCAUUCGCCGCGGCUGCGUACCGUUUCGGACAUUCGCUGCUGCCUACCGCUGUAGAAAGAUGGUCUAAGGCACACAAAUUUAUUGCAUCAAAGAGACUGUCCGACCUUAUUCGCAGACCAUACGACUUAUACAGAGCUGGUGUACUCGAUGAAUACGUCAUGGGUCUUAUGAACCAGGUAGCCCAAGCUAUGGACGACUCCAUUACUCAAGAAGUCACCAAUCACCUCUUCAAGAAAGUUGGAGCACGUUUCGGAAUGGACUUAGUCUCAUUCAAUAUGCAAAGAGGCCGUGAAUUUGGUCUACCUGGUUAUAUGGAGUUCAGGAAGUUCUGUGGUCUCUCAGGAGCCAACAGUUUCCAAGAUCUGUUCGGGUCUAUGCCAAAUGAAACUGUUAGAAAAUACGAGUCUAUCUUUGAGCACCCCAUAGACGUAGAUUUGUGGUCUGGUGGUGUAUCAGAACGACCGCUCCCAGGCUCGAUGCUGGGACCCACUUUCGCUUGUAUAAUCGCCACACAAUUUUCAUACUCAAGACGAGGUGAUAGAUUCUGGUUUGAGUUGCCAAACCAGCCGUCGUCGUUCACACCGGAACAGCUGACAGAAAUCAGGAAGGCCCGGCUCGCGCGCGUCAUUUGUGACAACACGGAUAUUAUCGACACCGUCCAACUCUACCCCAUGGUCUUACCGGAUCACGAACUAAAUCCACGCGUACCGUGCAGAAGCGGCAUCAUACCUUCAAUGGACUUUACGAAAUGGGCCGAACCCGCGCCCUUCCACGGUGCUGCGAAGCAGUUCGUAAGUAGUUUCACAUACGACCCCUACAUAGGAAAAAAGCCCUUUGAAAUUAUUAUGACUGAAGCGUAUAUUCCUCCUAAAUAUGAUUCAACAUGCGAACAGGAUGCCAUCGAUCAAAAUAACAGUACAGAAAAUGUGACUGCCAAUGCUAAAGACGACUGUAAUACAAACGAAGAUGAACAAAAUGUUCCUAUUGCAAAGGAGAUUUUUACCUUAAAUGUAGCAUUAAAUGUUACCACCAACAAUAAAACCGAUAGUGUUGUUUCUAAUAGUGAUCUUACUGAUACAGCAACUAACUGUUCAGAGCCUCUAGAUUUGCAGAAUAAGACGAAAGAAAAAGAUAAAGUUCUGAAAUAUGUUUACAACUUUAUCAAUAAGAAAGAUGCAUUACAAAAGAAAGACGGUCAUUUCAUAAACAGUUUAAAAAGAAGGAAACGCUCGGAAAGAAAUAAAACAUCUGCUGAAAAUAUAGCUGGUCAAGAAAGUAAACUUGCUCCUUUAAUAGUAAACUAUGAAACUUCUCAUAAACCCAGCGACACACAUGUAUCACCAUUUGGCUUCACGGGAAAUUUAAAGAACUCUAAUUUAGUAAUUUCGCAAGAACCAAUCCAUAGAGAAAUAUUACAAGAGCGAGUACCAGGAAAUAUUAUUAAAAGUUCAAAUUUAGCUGAUUUCAAUAUUGAAACGUUACAUGAUAAGAAAGCGCAACCUAUUAAAAAUUAUGAGAAUUUGAAAGCUGACUUUGAAAUAAUCAAUUCAGAGAAUAACUUACAAGGUAGAGAAAAUAGUGAAGAAAGCAAGAACAGAUAUGCACAUAAAAAUGACAAUCGUACUUUUAGAGAAAGUGAUGAAAGUCGAGAAGGAAGAGAGUAUAAUGACGGUAAUGGAAGCAAAGAAUCAGAUGUACCAGAUGACUAUAAUAGUAAAAAUAUAAAAGAAAACCAGUCUAAUGAAGGAAACAAUGAAAAAGAAGCAGACGAUUUUCCACGAAAUUAUAGUGAUAACAGUAGACCAUUAAAUUCCGAUCUAAAAUAUGACCAAAAACCUUACAGUGAAAGUGAAGAAAGUAAAGAGAAAGUCACUUAUUCGGAUAGACCUUCAAAUAGCCAAGAAAAUUAUGAAAAUAAUGACAAAGAUUACCUUAGACAAGACAAGAAAAGUAAUUCAGAUGAAUCUCAAGAAAGCUACGAAUCGAAAGAAAAUAAUAAUUUGCCUUAUCGUAAAUCAGAGGUCAACGACAGCAAUGAGUCUAAUUCAAAAAGCAAAGAAAGUGAAGAAACAGAUAGUGUUGAAUCAAAUAAUUACUCAAGAACUAAAGACAACAGUGAAGAAAGCACAGAAAAAUAUAGCAAUAUUGACAACAAUAAUUACCAAAAUCAUUACAAUGAACCAAAAAAUGAAACUUUGCCGUCUAAAAUACAAGACGUGGAUUUAGGAGACUUUAGUUAUGAAAGAAUAGAGGUAAAUGAUCAAGGUCAAGUUGUACCUGCUAAAGAAAAUUAUAAUGAAAAUUUACCACGAAUAUCAUCAAAACCACAAAGCUUCAUAAAGGAAAAAGAUGAAAUUCUUUCUUCUUCUAUAGAAGAUUCAAGCCGUCAAUCUAGCUCUGAAAGUAACGAAGACAAAGGAUUAAUUAAAAUUAAUGAUGGUGAAAUAAAACCAGUUGUUGAAAUUAAUGGAGAUAGUAACAGCGGUGAGUUUGUUAGUAAAGAACCGUUAAACUCAAACUUGAGAAUAAAAGAUAAAAGUUUAGAAGAAUUUCUUGGUGUUAAAGACUUUUCUGAAAAUGACCGAAAUGAAAAAAUAAAAGUCCAGUCUGAAGAGAACAAGGAAGAUGCUAAACAACAAUUUGAAAGAAUUCCUUUGAACUACAGACAUGAUAAAAGUAAUGAAAACCAAGAAAACUUAGAACCGUUGACCACUGAAAAAAAUUUGAAAGUAAACACCCAAGUUGAAGUUAGCGAAGGCACAAUAGAAAGUAUUCCAAUAGAUGGCACAAAAUAUGAUGAAAAUUUAAAAUUGAAAUUUGAUGACGUAUCUGUUUCAUUACCCGAAAUAAAACUUCCAGAGGACAUUUUAGCCUAUGCAUAUGAAGAGCCACAAUAUCAAAAACAAAAAGAAAAAAAGAAAACCAAUCGUAAGUUUUAUCAUUAUGAUGAUUCUUUUGAUAGUGAUGAAGAUGACCAAAGGCCUAAAGAAGAUACGGAUACCCAAAAUGAUCACGAUAACCAUGGGUACGACAAAUAUUACGGAAAUUAUAAGCAAAAAGACAAGUACAAGAAAAAAGAUGACGAUGAAGAAGAAGAAGAAGAAGAAGAAGAAGAGGAAGAUCAUGCAGAUUUGUAUGAAAAGUUUGUAAGGGAACGAUUUGGAAAGCGCGGCACUUUUGAAGAACGUUCUGGAAAGUUACAAAAUAAACCUGUAGGCGACCCCAAAUUGUAUGAGAGAUUACAAAGCGUGCUGAAGAAAACACAUGAUAUCGAAAAACAAGCACAAAAAAGCGGGGAUCCAAACGCUGGUUACAUGUGGACUCUAGAAUAUGGGCAAAAUUUGUAA